AUGGAAAAAACAUUGAAACUGAAAAUAUCAAACAAGCAACAAAUUGACCGCCUUGUCGAUUUAGUCGAAAAACAUCCCGACAUUGGAAGAGGGAAAGGCCAAUACGGAUCUAGUCGGCAAGAAACAAAAGAUACUUGGGUGCAGUUUGCAGUCGAGCUGAAUAGCCUUGGACCGCCAUCAAGAACAGGGCCAGAAUGGCAACGGGUAUGGAUUCAUUAUAAAGCCAACCUGAAAGGAAAGUUGGCGAAAAAUAAAGAAAGCUUCCUGGCGACCGGCGGCGGCCCAUCCCAAGAAGUCAGUUUGACUGCUAGUGAAGAAAGGGUGUGUGAGCUCACUCAAGUUAACUUAUCAAUUAAUCCCCCUGGGAGCGCGUUCGGGUUAGCUGUUGAUUUGACCGCAGAAGAAAAUGUAACUCCUCCAGCUACUGAUUCGCCGGUAGUUAAUGAAAAUGCCGUGCCCACGAGACCCAAAGGACUGAAGGCAAGCGAAGCCAAAAUUCAAUUACUCGAAGGGCAGGCAGAAACACAAACUCAAAUUCUGCGAACCCUCAAAAAAAUAGAAAGCACGCAGCAUAAAGUGUACCAGCUAAAGAAAGAAGAAGUGAAUUUGUUGAAGGAACGUCAAAAAGAA